AUGCAUGUAUUUGUGCCUGCUUGGUGCACAGGGGCGAAGGCUGGCGAUUCCGGCUUGCAGACUAAUGACCAGCAAGAGGGUGUCGCUUCCUUGUCGCCCAAGGACGACAGUAAGCCCAAUGGUGAGGGCGAGGGUGAAGUCCCGCGGAGUCGGGUCGACGAUGAGCUGGAGCGAUUUCGUCGGCUCAAGGACGACUUCUUCCGGUCUGCCCCUGCAGUCAAGAAGGAGCCUAAGGCUCCCAGACGGCGCCGUAAGUUCACGCGACUGUGCCCUGAAUUUCGCAACAAUGGGCAUCGCCCGGAGGGUGCAUCUUGUGAACGCUUCCAUUUCGUCCCGUGGGAUCUUCCUGGCAAGCAGUUUACGGACUAUCCCUUGGACCUAUUCUUUUCCAACUUCCCGGGGUUUGAUCAUCAACGCACCAAGCCCUUUUUCGACGAGUUCGAUCGCAUGUGUAAUCACUUCAGCUGGUCUGAGGAAGCCACUGAGCCCUGGUACAAUUUCCGCGUUGCACUCAUCCAGGAAUUCAACUACGUCAUUGGUGAGGAUAAGGACAAUCUGCUGCACUGGCAGAAUAUGUUCAACCUCAUCGGCUUGCCCAAACCAACUUCUCUCGUCGAAGCACGCACAACCAUGCGAGCAACUCAUGUCAACCUUGUGGACUUGGUUGAGUUACCCCGAACCCGUCAACCAGUUGAGCACUUCAAGACUGUUAAGGAUCUUAGCGACUACAGCAUCUACGAACACAAGAUCUUUCCCAAAGAGGAGGCGUACAACGGUGGUCUUUUGGCGCUGUUGCUUCGUGAGAUUCUCGCCGCACGAUCCCGCUAG